GGUCUGGAUGUCUACGAGGACGAACCAAAGACCCACGAUGGUUUAUUACGGAACCAGAAGGUCAUGCUUCUUCCGCACAUGGGUACCUGGACCACAGAGAAUCAAUAUCAGAUGGAAUUAUGUGCCAUUUCAAAUAUCCGGGAAGCGAUUGAGAAAGGGAAGCUCCUCUCGCCUAUUCAAGAG